AUGCAGGCUACUUUUAACCUGCCAGUCCCUAACCCAAAGCCCUUUGUGUCCCAUAGAAACUUGCCCCCUAUAGACUCCGGCCCAUUCUCACUGAUCCCACCCAAGAAACUUGUCAUCUUCAUUCUUUCCCCUCCUGAUCCCCUGUCUCGUUCACACACUCAGCCUUUCCGAGAAUUUAGUAUUCUAACAAAUAACCGAAUUCUAACAAGGAACUACAUUUUAACGAAGAACUUAAACUUAAAACAAAAUAACUAAAUGAUUCACCUCACUCUGUUCCUUCAUUCAUUCACAUUUACUUGCUCAUAUCCUCAUCAUCACUCAUAAACCCCAUCCUCCCCGUAGAUUUACCUCUGGCCUAUGGAAUCUUUCACCCAGCCCCUCCUUAACCUAUCUUUUUUGAUCAUACCCCUAGCCCCCUCUUUUCUCAACCCUUCUCAGAGAAUGGCAGGCUUCUUUGUCCCUACUACAGCAUGUUGUCUCUAACAUGUUUAACCAAAGCCUGGGGCUGAAACAUAUGUCCUCUCAUGACCUCAUCGCAUUGCUUGAUUAGUAUCAGUUUCUGCAAUAGACCCUCCAAAUGCAAUACAGUACAGGGGAGCUGUUGAUUUAUGUAUAAUGGUUUCAAUGUAUGUGUGUGCUUAUUUUUGUGUGUAUGUGUGUAUGUUUGUUCUUGUUUACGUGCAUAUCUCUGUGUGUGUGUCUGUGUGAUUAUCUGUAUGCGCUUGUGUGAUUGUGUGUGUUUCAGCUGUCUGAGAUGUCAGCGUCGCUGAUGUCGCCGUCCUCUUCUAGUCUGAGCACGCUAACUCCGUCCUCUACUUGCCCCUCAUUGGUGGAGGGCCAUUAUGACAUCAGGUAUGUGACCUUUCAACUGUCACCCCUUACUCCCAUUUUAUUCACCCAAUACUUGCUCCUGGACAAAUAGUAUAUGCAAAUUCAUUCGCUCUCUUUUUUGAGAGGACUUGGUUAAUAGAGCAUUGAUAGAACAUUGAGAGAGCACGGAGAAUAUUUAGAGAACGUUGAGAGUAUGUUGAGAGAGUGUUUUUCCCUGGUCUGCAGACACACUGAGCCCAGCUCUGGAGCUUCCACCCCAGACCUGGACCCCUUCAGUCCUGUGGACAAGAAGAGGACCCUGGGUAGAGGCUGCACCUUUGUCCCUGACAUCCAGGAGAUCCGCGUCAGGUGAGACCAGACCACUUAUGGUUAUCACUAUGGCAACAGCCUCCAGGAAGAAUGAAAAACACAAUAUUUACAUUUUACAGUUAAAUGAGAAAAUUAGGAAAAGGAAUAAAACAACAACAUGAUUAAACUAGGACUACUAUACAGGAUUCCAUAGAGACCAGAUGAGUCAUACAGUAUGAUAUUGGGGUGAAUUAUGAUAUACAGUAUCCAUACUAGAUUAAUUGUUUGGAAUCACUUUAAAGUUGGAAAAUAUAUAAACAAUACUUAUAGUUAUUUGGGUAAUAAUCAAUGUAUUGAAUGGGCUGUUUUUAAAAAUAAAGAAACAAUACAUAAUAAAAUAGAAAUGAUGUGUAUUUCAGCCCCAUCGUGUCUAAGAAAGGCUACCUGCAUUUCCUGGAGCCCCACUCCAGUGGCUGGGUGAAGCGCUAUGUAGUGGUGCGCCGGCCCUACGUCUACCUGUACCGCAGUGAGAGGGACAGCGUGGAGCGUUCCGUCAUCAACCUUUCCUCCGCCCAGGUGGAAUACAGCGAGGACAAGCAGACCCUGCUCCGGGUACGACCGACAAGGACUACUUCCAAAUAUAACAUACAGUGCAUUUGGAAAAUAUUCAGACCCCUUGACUUUUUCCACAUUUUGUUAAGUUACAGCCUUUUUCUAAAAUUAAUUAAAUUGUAUUUUUUUCCCUCGUCAAUCUACACACAAUACCCCAUAAUGACAAAGCAAAAACAGGUUUUUAGAAAUUUUAGCAAAUGUAUAAAAAAUAAAAAAACAGAAGUACCUUAUUUACGUAAGUAUUCAGACCCUUUGCUAUGAGACUUGAAAUUGAGCUCAGUUGCAUCCUGUUUCCAUUGAUCAUCCUUGAGAUGUUUCUACAACUUGAUUGGAGUCCACCUGUGGUAAAUUCAAUUGAUUGGACAUUAUUUGGAAAGGAACACACCUGUCUAUAUAAGGUCCCACAGUUGACAGUGCAUGUCAGAGCAAAAACCAAGCCAUGAGGUUGAAGGAAUUGUCCGUAGAGCUCCAAGACAGGAUUGUGUCGAGGUACAGAUCUGUGGAAGGAUACCAAAAAAGUUCUGCAGAAUUGAAGGUCCCCAAGAACACAGUGGCCUCCAUCAUUCUUAAAUGGAAGAAGUUUGUAACCACCAAGACUCUUCCUAGAGCUGGCCGCCCGGCCAAACUGAGCAAUCGGGGGAGAAGGGCCUUGUUCAGGGAGGUGACCAAGAACCCGAUGGUCACUCUGACAGAGCUCCAGACUUCCUCUGUUGAGAUGGGAGAACCUUCCAGAAGGACAAUCAUCUCUGCAGCACUCCACUAUUGAGGCCUUUAUGGUAGAGUGGCCAGACGGAAGCCACUCCUCAGGAAAAGGCACAUGACAGCCUGCUUGGAGUUUGCCAAAAGAAUGUCCAUGAGUGGCCCAGCCAGAGGCCGGACUUGAACCAAAUCGAACAUUUCUGGAGAGACCCGAAAAUAGCUGUGCAGCGACGCUCCCCAUCCAACCUGUCAGAGCUUGAGAGGAUCUACAGAGAAGAAUGGGAGAAACUCCCCAAAUACAGGUGUGCCAAGCUUGUAGCGUCAUACCCAAGAAGGCUCGAGGCUGUAAUCGCUGCCCAAGGUGCUUCAACAAAGUACUGAAUAAAGGGUCUGAAUACUCAUGUAAAUGUGAUAUUUCAAAUGUAAUACAUUCCAAAAAAAAUCGAACAACCUGUUUUUGCUUCGUCAUUAUGGGAUAUUGUGUGUAGAUUGAAGAAAAAAAACAAUUUAGUCAAUUUUAGAAGGAUGUAACAUAACAAAAUGUGGAAAGAGUUAAGGGGUUUGAAUACUUUCCAAAUGCACUGUAAAUAUAUUUAUUCAUUUGAAAUUUUACAGGAUGAAAUCUCUUGAGAUGCACCAUCUCGUUUUCAAGUGACCAGAUGAAAAAACUAACAAAUAUGUAACACAUACACUAUAUAUACAAAAGUAUGUGGACACCCCUUCAAAUUAGUGGAUUCGGCUAUUUCAGCCACACCCGUUGCUGACAGGUGUAUAAAAUCGAGCACACAGCCAUGCAAUCUCCAUAGACAAACAUUGGCAGUAGAAUGGCCUUACUGAAGAGCUCAGUGACUUUCAACGUGGCACCGUCAUAGGAUGCCACCUUACCAACAAGUCAGUUCGUCAAAUAUCUGCCCUGCUAGAGCUACCCCGGUCAACUGUAAGUUCUGUUAUUGUGAAGUGGAAAUGUAUAGGAGCAACAACGGCUCAGUCACGAAGUGGUAGACCACACAAGCUCACAGAACGGGACCGCCGAGUGCUGAAGUGCGUAGCGCGUAAAAAUUGUCACUACCGAGUUCCAAACUGCCUCUGGAAGCAUCGUCAGCACAAUAAUUGUUAAUCGUGAGCUUCAUGAAAUGGGUUUCCAAGCCUAAGACCACCAUGUGCAAUACCAAGCAUCGGCUGGAGUGGUGUAAAGCUCGCCGCCAUUGGACUCUGGAGCAGUGGGAACGCGUUCUCUGGAGUGAUGAAUCACUCUUCACCAUCUGGCAGUCUGAUAGACGAAUCUGGGUUUGGCGAAUGCCAGGAGAACGCUUCCGGCCCCAAUGUAUAGUGCCAACUGUAGAAUUUGGUGGAGGAGGAAUAAUGGUCUGGGGCUGUUUUUCAUGGUUUGGGCAAGGCCCCUUAGUUCCAGUGAAGGGAAAUAUUUACGCUACAGCAUACAAUGACAUUCUAGACGAUUCUGUGCUUCCAAAUUUAUGGCAACAGUUUGGGGAAGGCCCUUUCCUGUUUCAGCAUGACAAUGCCCACGUGCACAAAGCAAGGUCCAUACAGAACAGUGGAGGCUGGUGAGGGGAGGACGGCUCAUAAUAAUGGCUGGAACGGUGCAAAUGGAAUGGUAUCAAACACAUGGAAACCAUGUGUUUGGUGUAUUUGAUACCAUUCCAUUAAUUCCACUCCAGCCAUUACAACGAGCCCGUCCUCCCCAAUUAAGGUGCCACCAAUCUCCUGUGAUACAGAAAUGGUUUGUUGAGAUCGGUGUGGAGGAACUUGACUGGCCUGCACGGAGCCCUGACCUCAACUCCAUCGAACACCUUUGGGAUGAAUUGGAACGCCAACUGCGAGCCAGGCCUAAUCGCCCAACAUCAAUGCCCGACCUCACUAAUGCUCUUGUGGCUGUAUGGAAGCAAGUCCCCGCAGCAAUGUUCCAACAUCUAGUGGAAAGCCUUCACAGAAGAGUGGAGGCUGAUAAAGCAGUAAAGUGGGGGACCAACUCCAUAUUAAUGGCCAUGAUUUUGGAAUGAGAUGUUCGACGAGCAGGUGUCCAUGUAGUGUAUAUCAUUAAUGUAUUGCAAAUAUAUCAUAAAUAUUUCACAAAUAUACUAUAAAUAUACCACAAAUACAAUAUACCACAAAUAUUUGCUGGAAUAUACAUUUGUUCUAUCAAUAUAUUUGUAAAUAUAUAAUAAAUAUAUCCCUACCUAAUGUUAUCCUGUAUCUUUCCAAAUGUAGCAGAUUUACCAUGUAUCAUCCUCCUAGUAACCACAGAAAAUCCUCUCUGUUUUUAGACUCCAAACACGUUUGCAGUGUGCACCGAGCAUCGUGGAAUACUCCUCCAGGCCAGUAAUGACAAGGAGAUGCAUGACUGGCUGUAUGCUUUUAACCCCCUGCUCGCCGGAACCAUCAGGUAUAGUAACCCCUCACUGCCUCAACCUUGUUACCUCGUGUGUUCAUUAAUAAAAACCUUUCCUCAAACCUUUAUUUUUAGUGUAAUACCAGAUUACUUAAAUCUCCUUGUAAACAAUUAUUUAAGAUUAACCCUCCCCUCUCUUACCUCUCCAAGGUCUAAGCUCUCCAGAAGAAAGUCAGGCCCGAGGAUGUGAGAAACAGGAACACCUGCUGUGGGGGGGGGGGGGGGGGGAACAAACAAACAAAAAACAUCUGAAAUCUCCACUGACCCUCUCCUGUAUAUAGCUCAUCUAAACAGCUCUAUCCUACGCUGCUCUCUGUCCUGACAGUGCUCCAUCCUGUCGCUGAUACUUCCUCAAACAGCACUUAAAACCAUCCCAGCUGAUCUCCUAUUUGACGCCUCUUCCUGGUUACCUGGAACACGCAUGGUAUAACCUACCCAUUAAAGACCAUUAAAACCCAUUAAAACCCUUAUACUGUAAGACUAACUAACAACCCAACCCUGUGUAGUGGGGCUUACCUCCGCUGGCUGUGAUGCUCCCCAUUGUCAUAUAGGACUUUACCUUUAUCUUACAGGCUUACAGUCCCCAUAGGGUUUAGCCAAACAAAGAAAAACGUUAUAUUCUAUGUCUUAGUUCGAGUUGUUAUCAGUUCCAAUGUCAUGCUACUUACUACUACCACCCUCUAUCUGUAUAUGAUGCCCCAUAUCCAAACCUCUCAUGUAUUUCUUAUAAACACUGUAGUCUAAUAAGAAAAAUAACAAUGGCAAAAUGGUAUAUUCCCUUUUCUAGUCCUCUCAUAAGAGAUCUCUGUUUCUGUGUGUGUUUAGUGCAGGGAAGAUAGCAGUACCUAUCAAUGCUCGUUCUCAUGUUUAAACAGCAUAUCCACAUUACCUCAUGUUGAAAUGGCUGGGCUGCAUACUGUAUCCCAGGUUUUGGACGAUAUACAGUGUGAUAGAUGGUAUACUGUAAUAGUACAUUGGACAGUGUAGAAUGAAAGUGAUAUAAUAGGACAAUGUUUUGUAUCCAAAGUUUUGGACGGUAUACAGUGAGAUAGAAGUGUAAUAGUUGGAUAAUACAAUGGCCAGAAUAGGCUAAUAGGGAUAUGAUAGGACAAUAGGAUGACUCUUUGGCUUCCAUGUUUGGAUAAUGGUGAGUUUGCUGUGCUGACAUUUCAUAGUAACACGUUUGCUACUGUAGAGUAUAAGCAAUAUAAUACGCUGGCUGCCUGACAGUGGAGAGCAGUUGUGUCCUUGACUAAUUUUCACCUUGUGUGUUUUUACAUAUUAUUUGUGUAUAUACAUAAUCUAUUCUUUUUUUUGGUUCUUUUUUUUGUAUGGGAUCACUGACCAGUUUUGUCGCAUGGCACUUUAUUGUUGCAUUAUAUACACUUUAUUUCAUGAGUUGGUGUCUGUCCCAAUCACUCAGUUGAUUUUAACCAAAGCAUUCCAAUCUCUAUUUAAAAUAGUAAAGAUAUCCUCUGUUGUGUAGACUUGACAAAACGGCUCCCAGGUUUUAGUGAGAUAUUAAUGUAAUCCUCAAACCAUCAAAACCUACUAUUCUAAUCCUCUAUAUUGACCCUGAAUGUCUGUUUAUAAGUGAAUUAUACCAUGUGGCUACAAUGAGAAUGGCUCCACUCAAGCAAGUUGACGUUUAUUGUGUUCUAUGGUGGUGGGUUACAGUAUAUUGAAUAAUUGUAUGGAAAAAUGAGAUCAUACUGUUUUGAUAAGUUAGUGGGAUAUUUUGGACCUUUUUUCCGACAGUCGAGUUGUGAGUCUGAAAGUGCAUUGUUAUGCACCAGGUAGUGCCUCCCUUUCUUCACUUCUCUCUCUAUUUUUCCAGUUUUUCAUCAAUUCCACACUUUCAUAUCGUUGACGUCCACCAC